AGUAAUCUAUCUGCAUUCGUCACGGAACUUCCUCCCCGGCCGAUCAAUCGCACCCGCGACAGCGGGCGGGCGGGAGAGGCGGGUCCAGGCAGCCGAUGUGUGAGCACAGCCUAGUCUUACUGCUGUACGAGUGGGAGCGGGAACGAGAGUCGCUGCAUCCCAGGCAGUGUGUGCGGAUCGUUCACCCACCUACGGAACGCCUAGUGUCUGCGGACCGUCUCCCGCUGCCCCCGGCACUGAUUGCGGAGCAGACCCCGCUCCCGGCACCAGACGGGUGAUGCUGCUGGGAUUUCCCGGGAGUCCGGUGCCGUGGUGACGGAGUCAGAGGGAGGGAGAGAGGGGGCGUGUCGUGGGCGGUGGCGAUGGAGCUGCAGGAGGAGGUCGGUUCUCUAGACUGAAUUCAGAGGCCGGUUCGCCGACACCAUGCCGGUCCGCCGGGGCCACGUCGCGCCUCAGAACACUUACCUGGACACCAUCAUCCGCAAGUUCGAGGUCCAGAAUCGGAAGUUUCUUAUUACAAAUGUUCGGAUGAAAAAUUGCGCAAUUAUCUUCUGCAAUGAUGGCUUUUGCGAAAUGUUCGGCUACUCCAGGGUGGAGAUCAUGCAGAAACCUGGCACUUGUGAUUUCCUGACCGGACCAGCCACCCCAGAGAGUGCCAUGGCUCAGCUGGCGCAAGCACUGCUCGGGUCGGAAGAGGCGAAAGUCGAACUGCUCUACUACAGGAAAGAUGGCUCGUGCUUGCCCUGUCUAGUGGACGUGGUCCCGGUCAAGAAUGAGGAGGGGGCGGUUGCUAUGUUCAUCAUGAACUUCGAGGAGCUGAGGGGCGCCACGCACAAGCCAGGCAGAGGGCGGAAUCACAAGCUGGCCCCGGACUGCUGCACUUCCAGCCGAGGGAAGGUCUUUAAGCUGAAGCUGCCCUCUCUGCGGACCAUGACCCUAAGCCAGCAGUCCCUGGCCAAAGAGGGCUUUGAUGCAGUGGCAGAUGACCAGCCGCAGUCGGACCGAGACUCACUGGCCAUGCAGGACCUGCGGGGUCCCCGUGGCGACAACUGUGCGCAGCCCAAGACCGCUGAGUGGGAAUCUCUGACGGAUCUCCUCGACCAUUCGGCUGUGUGUGAUCCCUCGCCGGGACGGGGCCAGGAUCCAGACCUCCGAUGUACCAACUCUAAUCUGAUACAGAUCCAGUCCGGGGAGAGCUGCCCCAGCAUCAGGAGGGCCUCCUCCGUCGACAACAUCGAGAUGAUGAGGAACAAGUUCGAGAAGAAAUUCAAGGAGAAGAAACCACCUUCAGGUAAGGGGAUCUCAUUCUGUGGCACAAAGGACAAUUCACAUCCUCUUCCAGCAGGAGCAAAGAACUUUAAACCAAACCUGCUGAACUCCACGUCAGACUCGGACCUGAUGAAGUAUCGGGCGAUCAGCAAAAUCCCACAAAUCACACUCAACUUUGUGGAUUUUAACCCUGACAUCAUCUUGACACCUUCACCCACUGAGAUUGAGAUCAUAGCACCGAGCAAAGUGAAAGAGAGGACACAGAAUGUCACAGAGAAGGUCACACAGGUCCUGUCACUGGGUGCGGACGUGCUGCCAGAGUACAAGCUGCAAGCCCCUCGCAUUCACAAGUGGACCAUCCUUCACUACAGCCCCUUCAAGGCAGUUUGGGACUGGCUGAUCCUGCUGCUGGUCAUAUACACCGCCAUCUUCACCCCCUACUCCGCUGCCUUCCUCCUCAAUGACCAGGAGGAGGAGAAGCGGUGGGAGUGUGGCUACUCCUGCAACCCCCUGGCUAUCGUGGACCUCAUCGUUGACAUCAUGUUCAUCAUCGACAUCAUCAUCAACUUCCGCACCACCUACGUCAACGAGAACGACGAGGUGGUGAGCCACCCAGCCAAGAUCGCCAUCCAUUACUUCAAAGGCUGGUUCCUCAUCGAUAUUGUGGCCGCCAUCCCCUUUGACCUGCUCAUCUUCAGGUCUGGAUCUGAUGAGACCACCACCCUGAUUGGUCUCCUGAAGACGGCCCGCCUCCUGCGGCUGGUGCGAGUCGCCCGCAAGUUGGAUCGCUACUCUGAGUACGGAGCCGCGGUGCUCUUCCUGCUCAUGUGCACCUUUGCACUCAUCGCCCACUGGUUGGCGUGCAUCUGGUAUGCCAUCGGCAAUGUGGAGAGACCUUACAUGGUUCACAAGAUCGGCUGGCUAGACAAUCUGGGGGACCAAAUUGGGAAGCGCUACAAUGACAGCGAUGCCUCAUCCGGACCCUCCAUUAAGGACAAGUAUGUGACAGCUUUAUACUUCACCUUCAGCAGCCUGACCAGUGUCGGAUUUGGGAAUGUUUCCCCCAACACCAAUUCCGAGAAGAUCUUCUCUAUCUGCGUCAUGCUGAUUGGCUCUCUCAUGUACGCCAGUAUCUUCGGGAAUGUCUCGGCCAUCAUCCAGCGCCUGUACUCGGGCACUGCCCGCUACCACACCCAGAUGCUCCGAGUGAAAGAGUUUAUCCGCUUCCACCAGAUCCCCAACCCGCUGCGGCAGCGGCUGGAGGAGUACUUCCAGCACGCCUGGUCUUACACCAACGGCAUCGACAUGAAUGCGGUGCUGAAGGGUUUCCCUGAGUGCCUGCAGGCCGACAUCUGCCUCCACCUGAACCGGAGUCUGCUGCAGAACUGCCGGGCCUUCAGCGGAGCCAGCCCUGGCUGCCUGCGGGCCCUCGCCAUGAAGUUCAAGACUACCCAUGCACCCCCGGGUGACACCUUGGUGCACUACGGCGAUGUCCUCACCGCCCUCUACUUCAUCUCCCGCGGUUCCAUCGAGAUUCUGCGCAAUGAUGUGGUUGUCGCCAUCCUGGGGAAGAACGACACUUUUGGAGAGCCGAUCAGCCUCUACGCCAGGCCAGGAAAAUCGAACGGUGACGUGAGAGCACUAACGUACUGUGACUUGCACCGGAUUGUACGGGAGGACCUGCUGGAGGUACUGGACAUGUACCCCGAUUUCUCCAGCAACUUCUGGACAAACUUGGAGAUCACUUUCAACCUCAGAGAUACUGACAGAAUCCUCCGUUCACCCCCAAGUGAUGAUUCCGACGGUGGGCGCAGGCAGCUUCAUCAGAACAAACUUUCCUUCCGGAACAGGAGUGACACAGAUGGUAAGGGUGCAGGAGGGCGAGGUGGUGACCAGGUUCCACUGAUGACCCAGCGGACCCAGCCAGCCAGGGACUAUACCAGCGUGACACCAUGCUCCCAGACCAGUGACGAGAAUUUCAAGGCUUCAACCUGCAGCAUCACUGAGGUGAAGAACAGGUUCCCCGCCACAACAGUGAACCCCAUCUCUCCCAGUAUGGGCCACCUGCAGAACAGGGACAAAAGCAACGGGACCAAUCCCUUCACAGGUACGUACACCAGUGUGUCCAAUAUGUUCAGCUUCUGGACCGAGAGAAAAGGCAUUGAGUGCUUGGAGCCACACAGGCGUUCACUAUCAGCUCAUGCAAACCUAGAGACGGCAUCCAGCCUAGAGGAGAGGGCCAGGCUGGAGGUGGAGUCCAGGCUGGAAAUGCUGCACGCUCAGCUGAACAGGUUGGAGACCAGGAUGACAGCGGAUAUGAAUGUCAUCCUGCAACUACUACAGAGACAAGCAAUACCAGCGCCCGUGCCACCCGCCUACAGUGCUGUCUCCCCAGUGUCUCACCCCAUCGAUGUGUACACGCCCCUCUCCGCAGAACCCAAACUCACACCUUCUACUCAACCUACCCCUCCACUACAAACACCUGCUCUGGAGAGUCCAUGCUAUGUCAAGCCGGAGCAAGGCCAGGUGAAAUCCCGGGACUCCUUGUGCAGCGGAGUGCCGCUAGAUCAGGCUGUCAGCCUUCACCCUCUCCCUGCCCUGGAUACACAGCUCCAGAGUCCUGUUGCCUCGCCCACCUGCUUCAACACAGCUCGCUUCCCCUCACUCCCAGAGAACCUGGAAACCGCUGCAUGCACAGACAUUAAAAGGCAUGUUUCCGACCCAGUCCUUCCAGGUAGUUAGUGAUGUAAUCAGGAGUUUCAGGAACUUCCAUCAGUCCUCCCCUCCAUUUUCGAAGCACACCAUGUUGGCGCUGAUCUGGAUGUAUGCCAGUGGAUGGGAGAACAGGCAGGAUUGUGUCACCAGAGCUGCUCUCGGACACUGACGCAGAUCGGACUUGUAGGAAUUAGACAAAACUAAGAAGGAAUGAAGCAAGACUGAUUGACUUAUUUUUAUCACUUUAUUUUUAAGGUAUUUAUCAUUCACAGGAAAAGAACCACACAGAACUCUACGAACAGUCUCAGAGCAUUUCAUUAACACUGGUCUAGUUGCUGAUUGACAACGUUUGUUCAACGGGUUAGACUGGACAUUGGUGGGUUGCCAUGGAGGAAUAGAGGGUGUGCAGUGAGACACGGGACCUUUACUCUAUGUCUCACCCUGUUGUACCCGACAUUAAUAGGUAUGUGCUGAAGGGAGCUGCUUCUUUGUAUGCUGAGUGUAAUAUUAACUUUGGGCAAUGUGUAAGAGGGGCUGUUGCAGAUUGGCUGAGGAGUGUGCCUCUGCCUGGCAUUCCUUUCCAUUGUACUCUGUCUACCAGAGCCUGCUUUAUCCAUCGACAGCAGUUCAAAUCCCUCAACUGCAAACAACAAUGUAGGACUCCUGCAAAUCCUCUCCAACCUUACAUUCCAUCAACACUUCAAUCUGAAGACGAUUUGGCUUAUUUCAUCAAGUUUUUCAGUGUGAGUGUUUCCCAUGUGUCACAGCCAGUGAACACACUCUGCACCAAUUGCUCUCUCCAGGCAGUCAGCUCAUUGUUCCCAAUUCCUGUUGCCCUCACAACCCAGGAGCCGGAGACUCAGAUGGGACUCAUUUGCUGAAAGAUGAGUGAAACCUGAUUUAGCAAACGAAAAUAAGGGAAGUAAUCUGAUUGGUCUAGCAACUUUGUUCAAGGAGACAGAUUUGCACUGGGAGCAUUUAAUAAACAGUAAUCCUAUGGUCUGAACAUUGUUGUUCUUAUUGGACUGUGAAUCAAUGAGCAGAUUCUGGGCCACAAAGGGAAUACUGGAUACAGGAGAUCUGCCAUUUAGAAAAGACCUACUCAGACACCAUCCAGGUGCAUGGGGAAGAUCACAUAUGUUGUUCUGACCAAUAAACUUCCUCCCCCCCCCCCCAAAAAACAAACAAAAACACCCACACACAUCACAGAAACAGGCCCUUCAGCACACUUUGUUUGCCAACUAACACCAUUUUCCAUGCCUUGGCAACUGAAGUGCUUGUCCAGAUACCU